ACCAAAUCGAAAUUCUGAAUCAAUCAAGAGGAUCAUAACUUAAAAAAGCGUAAAAGCGUCAUUAAAUCUAUACCGCAGAUGGUAUCAAUCGACCCUCCAUACAAUGCGCGGGUCAUUUCCGGCGUGGUGUCACCUGUCACAUGGCGAGGAGGUAACAUUUGAAUACUAGGUUUUGCAAUUCAUUGCCCGUGGCUGUUCGUCAUAGGAACUAGGAAGGGAUUAAGGCCACUUUCAUGAAGAGAAUUUCCCGCCACCGGCCGUUAUAACGGUUGUCGGUUGCUGUCGGUGCAAUUCAUUUCCCUGUUCUUCACUGCAAAUGAGAUGGUCCCUUACAAGAGAGUAUCCAAGAUAAACCGAACCUCCAUAGAUUCAGCUUCUUUAAUCCAAGCCGCUUCCUUUGCCUCGCAAUCAGCAGCGCAACUCCAAUCUGAAGGUGGGUCAUUCCCUUCUCCCACCUCUGAAGUCAUAUCAUACCCGAAAACAGAUAACCCCUUCGCUCGUUAUGCCUCUCUCUUGAGUUCUUGCAUCGCCGGGAAGGCGUUGAACCCGGGAAGGCAGAUCCAUGCCCGGCUUUACUUGAUGGGUGUUGGGUUUGAUCCCCAUCUAUCCACCAAAUUGGUCAAUCUUUACUGUGGCUGCGGUUCAUUGAAUCAUGCCCGCCUCCUGUUCGAUAGAAUUCCCAAGAAGAACAUUUUCCUCUGGAAUGUCUUGAUUCGGGCUUAUGCGUGGAAUGGUCCUCAUGAGGUCGCGAUAUCACUUUUUUAUGAGAUGAUAGAUCACGGGCUCGUUCCUGAUAACUUUACGCUCCCGUUUGUGCUCAAAGCUUGCUCGGCCCUCUCAGCGGUUAAGCCGGGAAGAGACAUUCAUGAUAUUGCCAUUCGAACAGGGUGGGAGAAGGAUCCGUUUGUGGGGUCUGCUCUUGUUGACAUGUAUGCCAAGUGCGGAAUGGUAGAAAAUGCCCGUGGCGUAUUUGAUAAGAUCAAGAAGAGAGAUGUAGUGCUGUGGAACUCCAUGCUUGCAGCCUAUUCCCACAAUGGCUGUGCAGCGGAGGCGAUCUCCCUGUGCCGCGAGAUGGCACUAUCAGGUGUAAGACCCUCCGAGGGAACUCUGGUGACAGUAAUAUCAGCCUGUGCGGACAUGGCGGGCCUUCCCCAUGGUAGGGAACUUCAUGGAUUGGGCUGGAGGCUUGGUUUUGGUUCGAACGACAGAGUGGCAACAGCUCUAGUGGAUAUGUAUGCAAAGUGCGGCUCUGUUCAUCUCGCGAGGAGAUUGUUCGAGGGGCUUAGGAUUAAACGUUUGAUUUCGUGGAAUGCAAUGAUCACCGGCUACGCGAUGCACGGGUUCGCUUCUGAUGCUUUAGGUUUGUUCGAAGAAAUGAGACAAGAUAAUAAUUUGCUUCCUGACCACAUCACUUUCGUUGGGGUUCUGUCAGCUUGUAGUCACGGGGGUUUGCUCGAUGAAGGAUGGAGAUAUUUCGAACUAAUGACGGAAUUUUAUGGGAUGCAGCCCACCGUCCAGCACUAUACUUGCAUGGUCGAUCUCCUGGGCCACUGGGGCCGAUUAGAUGAGGCCCAUGACCUGAUAAUGCGUAUGCAGGUCCCUCCAGAUUCAGGUGUCUGGGGUGCCCUUCUCAACUCUUGCAAGAUCCGUGGAAAUGUUCAGCUUGCUGAGCUAGCAUUAGAGAAGCUGAUCGAACUCGAGCCUCAUGAUGCAGGAAAUUACGUGAUCUUAUCUAACAUAUAUGCCCAGGCAGGGCAGUGGGACCGUGUAGCGAAAGUUAGAAGUUUGAUGACCAACCAGGGGAUUAAAAAGAGUGUCGCAUUUAGUUGGAUCGAAGUGAAGAACAAAGUCCACUCGUUUUCAACGGGGGAUACUUCACAUCCCGUGUACGAGGAAAUACAUGCGGAACUGAAGAGGGUGGAGGGACUGAUUAAGGAAGCAGGUUAUGUCCCAAACACUGAACCUGUUUUCCACGAUGUGGAAGACGAUGAGAAGGAUCACAUGGUCUGUAGCCACAGUGAGAGGCUUGCGAUUGCUUUUGGGCUUAUCAGUACGCCGCAUGGGACGAGGCUUCUGAUAACGAAGAACAUCCGAGUGUGUGAGGAUUGCCACAUGGCGAUCAAGUUUAUCUCGAAGGUCACGGAGAGGGAGAUCACUGUUAGGGAUGUUAAUCGAUACCAUCAUUUCAGGGAUGGAAUCUGUUCAUGUCGGGAUUACUGGUGAGCUGAACAGGCAGGAAAGAGCCCAUGGGAAUAGCUUGCUAUACUUACGUGGUGACUGGUGACUGUUAAUAUCUGUUAGGGUAUCAUGAAUUGCUCAUCUUUUGAGAGGGGAAGUGGAACUGGUAGUGAUUUGGCAUGGAAAAUGCGAGAGGCAGAGCUGACAUUUUUCUGAUUCAAGAACGAAAAUUGUACUCGAAGAAACGACAUCAGAUGGCUCGAUUCAUUUCUCUCGGACAGAAGGUGAUGAAACAAGUUUUCGGUUAUCAUAACCUGUCGUCUGUACUUGCUUUUAUCAGUGGAUGCAGAGUAUUUAUCGUACAGGAAUUACUUGUCCAAACGUUUUCUGAACUGAAACCAUAAGAAUUGUUCAAUGGAAAUGGUUCUUCUUCCAUUA